CCUCCGAGUAAGAGAUCCAAUUAUCCUUAUCCAUAAUUACAAUUCAUCUUAUAAAUAUCAUAAUCAUCCAUCUGAAAUUAUUUAUCAAAUUCGUGUAAAUUUAUUCAACCAUGUUGGCAAUUUUCCACAAGGCGUUUGCUCACCCGCCGGAGGAGCUCAACAGUCCGGCAUCUCACAGUGGUUCCAGGAGGCCUAAACUUCCCCAAGAGACUCUCCAGGACUUCCUUUCUCAUCACCCUCACAACACUUACUCUGUCAACUUCGGCCAUGCAGCUGCUCUUGCUUAUGUUCGCCCUGAAACCCCUUUAUCUCAUCAUCAGAGGUUGUUUUGUGGGUUUGACGACAUGUAUUGCGUGUUCAUGGGGAGCUUGAACAACUUGAAUUCACUCAAUAGGCAAUAUGGUUUGUCCAAGGGAGGCAAUGAGUCAAUGCUUGUUAUUGAAGCAUAUCGAACUCUUAGAGACAGAGGUCCAUACCCUGCUGAUCAGGUUGUUAAGGAUCUUGAAGGAAGUUUUGCUUUUGUUGUUUAUGAUAGCAAGAGUGGUACUGUCUUUGCUGCACUGGGUUCUGAUGGUGGAGUUAAACUCUACUGGGGUAUUGCAGCUGAUGGCUCUGUGGUGAUUUCUGAUAAUUUAGAGGUCAUAAAAGCCGGCUGUGCCAAGUCAUUUGCUCCUUUUCCCACAGGGUUCAUGUUUCACAGUGAGGGCGGAUUGAUGAGCUUUGAGCAUCCAAUGAACAAGAUAAGGGCAAUGCCAAGAAUAGAUAGUGAAGGAGUGCUGUGUGGAGCCAAUUUCAAGGUUGAUGUUUACACAAGGGUCAACAGUAUUCCAAGGGUAGGAAGUGAAGCUGACUGGACUCAAUGGGACUCACACUAGUAGUCUUUUAUGUAACCAUUUCACUGAAAUCACCAGUUCUUUUUCUUCUUCUUUUAUUUUCUCUUGAAGAAUUUUCUGAAAGUUUUAUUUGUAGUGGACUUGUGUGUGCAUUUUCUGAAUCAAUCUUGUGUUGUAAACUUGUACUCCGCCAGAAAGUAUAAAGAUCAGCAACAAUGUUUUAGUAUUUGGAAUAGAAACUUGUAUAUUAAAGGAAACUUCAUUUUAGUAA